GAAGCCGCAUAAAAACCGCCAGCCAAACGUUGAGCGGGCCUGUUGUCACUUCGGACGCGCUCUUGUGCACUGGUGCAAAUUCCGUUCACGCGACGACACAAGCGAUGAGAAUGGGUGGUCAGGCGCUCGCCUGGCUCGUGGUUGCUGCCUGCGUUGGGCCGGCUCUCUCCGGGUACCUGGUGCGCCGUCGUGUCUACGGCGGUGGUGGAUAUGGCGGUGGUGGAUACGGCGGUGGAGGAUACGGCGGUGGAGGAUACGGCGGCGGAGGACAAGGUGGCAGUGGAUAUGCCACUACGAGGUACUACUCUGGCGGCGCUGGCUACGGUGGCGGUGGAGCUGACUACGGCAGAUAUGGUGGUUACGGCGCCACCACCAGCUACCGAAGUGGAGGAGGUGGCUACGGUGGCGGUGGAUACGGGUCCGGCAGCGGCUACAGGUCGUACGGAGGGGGAUAUAAUGGCGGAUCGAGAGGCUACGGUGGCAGUGGAUACGGCGGUGGCAAGUCCUACACAAGCAGCGUUAGCCAUGGAAGCGGAAGAUAUGGCAGUGGUGGCUACGGUGGUGGUGGAGAUGGCGGCAGUGGUUAUGGCGGUGGCGGCUAUGGCAGCGGCGGCUAUAGCGGCGGUGGCUACGGAGGAAGCGGCUACGGCAAAGGUUCUUACGGAGCAGCGAGGUCGUACGGACGCGGAGGCUACGGUGGCGGAUACGGCGGGGGUUACGGUGGGGGUUACGGUGGGGGCUAUGGAGGGUCAGGUGGCUACGGAAAGUCACACUACAAAUGGUAAAGAGACUCUGCACUAGCGCUACACAAGCAAGCGCAAUUUUUUCUAUAUGAAACUAAAACCCUACAUGGGUAAUGUGCGUUUUUAUCAUCCGUCGUUUCACUAAUAACUGUUUCAAUGCGCUCAUGCCAAAUCCCACUACAUUUGGACAUAUCGUUGCGUUGCUGUGUGAUGUUUGUGACUGUUCGCGUACAGCAACUACACGUGUCUAAGAAUGUGCAAUAAAUUGACCGUUAUGCCCAGAUUUACUUUUUGUUUACUUGGGAGUUACUGCCAUCUUAUUAUGCCGAGCUUACUAAUUCGGAACCCACCUCCGGCAAGUUGUUUUUUCGUUGACUUUCAUUUCCCUUUACUUCGUCAUUUCUACAUUUCAAUUAAAACAACUAAUAG